AUUUUUUUCUUUUAAAGAAUGAAUAGAUUAGCGUUUGGUGAAUUUCACAAAAAACAUUUUGGAGCUCAUCAAAAAAGCUACUGGCAUUCAAUACUUCAACUUCAUUUACAAAAUUAUCAAUCACAACACUAUGAUGAUGACACAUAUUAUGAUCAGCAACAGUAUUAUAGCUAUGAAAGUAAUAAAGACUAUUAUGAUGACUCAGAACAUAACGAUGAUCAACAGGAAGAAUAUGAGAUAGAAGAAGAGGAGGAGGAGGAAGAAUUGUCCAAAGAAGCAAUUGAAAUAUUUAAAUUCUCAGAAGCUUACAAACAAAAACUAGAAAUGGAACGAUUAGAACGAGAAGAAAAAGAGACAGAAGGUAUGGAAGACUGGCAAUAUGAUGAAUCCACUGUUCAUUGUAGUGGAGGACUUGAAGCGCCUACUACAAGUCUUAUAUUAACAAGACCUGAAGCAUCGAGGCCCGAUAGAGAGAGUGAAUUAAGAAUGAAAGAAGAAUUAUUAAAUUCUGCCUAUUUGUCUUCCUGUCUUGAUGAUGAAGAUAAUCCUGUUGUAUUAUGGCCUGUACUUCCAUUUAAAUUGUAAAUAGUAGUCUUUUCUUCUUCCCUAAGAUGUUAUUAUAUUGAUGUAUUAUUAAAAUUGGUUCAUGUAUGACGGAUAGUAUGAAUUGCCUAUUUUUUUAUUUCUUUAUCGACCUAUUUGUGUUUUUAGCUUAUUUCUUCUA